AUGUCGAACGGAGACGUAAAAGAAGAGAAGGAUGCGCUCGACGCGCUCGAGCUCGAGGCGAAGGAGUUCGACAAGGACGCAGAGAUCGACAGAAUCCUCAAGGCUUUCAGAUUAGACGCCUACGCCGUUCUCGAUCUCCAGCCCGGUGUCCCCGAAUCCGACAUCAAGAUCUGCUACCGCAAGAAGUCCCUCCUCAUCCAUCCGGACAAGACCAAGAACCCGCUGGCCCCCGAUGCCUUCGACCGCCUGAAGAAGGCGCAGACAGAACUGAUGGACGAAAAGCAUCGUGAGCGCCUCGAUGAGGCCAUCGCCGACGCGCGCAUGCUCCUCAUUCGUGAGAACAAGUGGACCGUCGAUAGCCCCGAGCUCAAGACGGACGAGUUCGCCAAGAAGUGGCGCGACAAGGCGCGUGAGGUGUUGAUCGACAACGAGCAUCGCCGACGCCGGCAGAUGAAGGCGCAGAUGCAGGAGGAGGGCAGAGAGCAGAAGAAGCAAGACGAUGAGACUGAGCAGCGGAAGCGCAAGAGGCAGCACGAGCAGGACUGGGAGGCCACGAGAGACCAGCGGAUCAGCAGCUGGCGGGAUUUCCAAAAGGGCAAGUCUGACGGCAAGAAGAAGAAGAAGAUGAAGCCCAUCGGUUGA